AUGACACAUCAAGCAAGAAUCUCUACAGUUGUUGAGAGCCUUACCAAGGCACCUCGCAGUAUUCAGCUAUCUGAUCGCAAUGGAAAGGUCCAGCCGAUCACUGAAGUUUAUGGCAAGAACGUGUUCUCUCUCAACGAAAUGUCAAAAAUGCUCCCAAAGCCUGUGUUCAAGAGCUUCAUGAACCAACUUCGUGGCAAUGAAAGCUUGGAUAGACAAACUGCUGAUGCUAUCGCACACGCCGUCAAAGUGUGGGCUAUCGAGCGUGGCGCUACUCAUUUCACCCAUUGGUUCCAGCCAAUCACUGAUUCCACUGCCGAAAAGCAUGACUCAUUUUUGACAUUGAAAUCUAGUUAUAUCAAUGGAUUUGAAGAGGUCACUGCUCUUGAAACAUUCUCUGGAUCCCAGUUACUGCAAUCAGAACCGGAUGCAUCAUCUUUCCCUUCAGGUGGAAUGCGAACCACGUUUGAAGCACGUGGUUAUACUGUCUGGGAUACGAAGAGCCCAAUGUUUAUUCAAGAUGGUCCCCAUGGCACAUCGAUCCUUUACAUCCCUUCGGUGUUCAUUUCUUACAAUGGAGAAGCUCUUGACGAAAAGUCUGUGUUGCUUCGAUCAGUUGAGGUUGUUAACAAGGCAGCUCUUGAUGUACUCUCCUUAAUUGAUGCAGUUGAUGAAGACCAUCCUCGUACCAAGCAAGUAUUUACUACUCUCGGAACGGAGCAAGAAUAUUUCUUGAUCGACCGUGGUCUUUACACUUUGCGUCCCGAUCUCAAGAUUACUGGUCGUACUCUUGUUGGUGGUCUUCCUCCUCGUCAUCAACAAUUGGAAGAUCAUUAUUUUGGCAAGAUCCCUACACGUGUCUUGGCUGCCAUUAGUGAAUGUGAACAUGAACUUGCCAAAUUGGGUGUUCCUAUCAAGACUCGUCAUAAUGAAGUGGCCCCUGCUCAAUUCGAAGUCGCUCCUAUCUUUGAAGAAGCUAUGCUUGCUGUCGAUCACAAUCUUUUGACAAUGGAUGUACUUCAUCGUGUUGCACAUCGCCACAAGCUCAAGGUGUUGUUCCACGAGAAGCCUUUCCGUGGUGUCAAUGGCUCCGGAAAGCAUUGCAACUGGAGUUUGUCCACUGAUCAAGGCGAUAACUUGCUUGAUCCAUCUUCUAAGCCAGAAACCAACUACCGCUUCUUGAUCUUCUUGGUUGCCGUAUUGAAGGCUGUUCUUGAUCACGGUGAUCUUCUUCGUGCUGGUAUCGCAUCUGCAUCCAACGACCACCGCCUUGGUGCACAUGAGGCUCCCCCUGGUAUCAUUUCCGUAUUCCUUGGUAGUCAAUUGAAUGAAGUAUUGAACGCCAUUGAGGAAGGACGCCCCGUCAACUAUGAUGCUACAGGUACUAAGCUUGAGCAUGUUCGUGUCAAGGGCACAGUAUUGGAUCUCAAGGUGGCUACUUUGCCAAGCAUUGCUCGUGAUUUGACGGACCGCAACCGAACCUCUCCUUUUGCAUUCACUGGCAACAAAUUUGAAUUCCGUGCUGUUGGAUCUAAGCAAUCGGUGUCUUUCCCAGUAUCGCUUCUCAACUCGGCUGUGGCAUCUUCGCUCUUGGAAAUCAAGGAAGCAUUGAUUGCUCAAAAGGGAAGCAAGCCUGUAGCAUCUACUGAAGACCAACUUGCUGUCAUUCGCGAAUUUAUCAAGAAGACUAAGAAUAUCCGUUUUGAAGGAGACAAUUAUUCUGAAGAAUGGGCCCAAGAAGCUGCCAAGCGUUCUCUUCCCAACAUUACCAAAAGUCCUGAAGCCUUCUCUCGUCUACUUCUUAGCAAGAAUGCUGACAUGCUUCAACGUAUGGGCGUGUUUUCUAGUGCCGAGUUGAACUCUCGUUUCCACAUUCUUACGGAAAGAUACUGCAAGGAUAUCAUGAUCGAAGCCCAAACUUUGAUUACCAUGAUUGUUCAACAAGUUUUGCCUGCCGCCUACUCUUACCGCGGUGAAUUGGCUGAUACAGCAUCCAAGGUCAGCUCUUUGGGAUUAGAUGCCAACCCUGAAAGCAGAAUCUUGAAGGGUCUCUCGAGUGUGGUAACCAACUUGCAAGAUCGCACUGAUGAACUCGAGGCCUUGACCAGCAAAAUGACUACCAUCAUGGAAAUUGAAGAACUUGCUAAGUUUGCUAGUGACCAAGUCAUUCCUACCAUGGAAGCCGUUCGUGAAGCAGCAGACUCUUUGGAGAAGACUGUUGCAGACAAGUUUUGGCCCUUGCCCAGAUACACUGAGCUUUUCUUGAACAUCUAG